CAGUUAAUAGAAACAAUGUAUCAUUAUGGCCUCCCAGACUAUAGUCAAAAGAAUAGGGGAGGAAGAGUCAGAGGCCGAGGAUUCAGGGGAAGAGGAAGAGGGAGAGGGAGAGGAAGAGGUCGAGGAAGAGGUCAAGGAAGGACAGAGCAAGGAGCAGAAGCAGCUGAUGGUACACAGUCAUCUAUGUCGGAUGACCUUUUAGAGCCUUGCAAGGUCUAUGUUGGAAAUCUGAGACCCAGGGUUAGUGACAAAGACCUGUAUGAUGUCCUAUCCACUUAUGUUCCGGUGAUAAAUGCAUUUACAGUCAAGGACAAGAUUACCAAAAGAAAUAAAGGCUUUGGCUUUGCAACAGUUAGAACAAAAGAAGAUGCAGAUACGCUUCUGAAUUUGAAGGCAAGUGAACUUUAUCUAUAUGGCUUUAAAAUGAAGAUCAGACCAGCUUGGAAAAAGAUUAGGAUGCCAGGCGAUGAGAACUAUGUGCGACACACCCUCUCUGAUCGGGACUUCGACUUGAGUCCUCCAAACCCAGAUGCCCCGUCAAUACAUGUAUUAGUAGAUGAUGUAUUAAUUCACGUACUGGAGUAUCUACAACUGACAGAAAUUAUUGCAUGUGAGAGAGUGUGUCGACGUUGGCAGAUGCUAAUUUAUGGAAUGUUUGCAAAAUCAUCCCUGGAGUUGUCACCAGGAAAACUAAAUUUGUUUGGCCCACUUACGCGCUCCGUUGUAUCAAAGCUCUUGAUCCUGUCAGGAUCCCAGUUAAAAGAGCUAAGGGUGAAAAAUGUUGACUACACAACAAGGAGUAAUAUUCUAAAAGUAGUAGGCCAGCUGUGCCCGGAAUUGGAGUGCUUAGAUGUUUCAAUGGUCAGAGGCAUCAAUUUCCAUAUGAUUAAGGAACUGACAUCAAAAUGUACAAAACUCAAGUCACUGGUAGUGGAAAAAUGCCCCGACUUUGAUGAAAAAGCACUAAGUACUGUAUUGGACAGUUACCCAGACUUAGAGAGUCUAAAUGUCUCGUGUUGUCCCAUCUAUGGAAGAUGUUUUAAGAGACUUCCAGUAUCUUUGAAGGAACUGAAGAUAUCGUACUGUCAGACCGUUGAAAGCAUUUCGCAAGAGGAGAUUGGAAUCCGAUGUCCAAACCUGGAAGUUCUCCACAUGGAUCAUCUAUUGACAUCAAGAAAUGUUUUAGAAAGCAUUGGAAGAAAUUGUAGUAAUAUAAGAGACCUCACAGUGUCCUUGUGUGAAGAGAAUGCACUAUCUGAGCUACCAGAUUUUACACAUCUAAAGUCCCUGAGAAUAGAAUGCACUGGUGUAGAUUUAACAAAACUUAUGGAGAGUCUGCCUAACUUGGAGAAUCUUAACAUAAAUGCUCUUGAGUGUGUUGAUGAACCCGAUUUCUCGAUGUUGAAAGAACUCAGAGCACUGGCCUUGCACGGUCUGAAUCUGUCUGAGUCAUCUUUAGGAAGUCUAGAAAAUUGUCCCCAUUUAGAGUCAGUGUACCUAAUGAGCUGCAGGGGGGACCUAACCCUAGAAACGCUGCUACGCAUAAUUCGUAAAUGCCUAAACCUGAAGUCGGUACGAUGCCCCGACUUAAAUUUGAGUUUAUCGUUCAUCACCUCUCUGGACAAGAUCAUGGCAAGCCGGACCACCAGAAUCGAAAUCGGAAUGAGAGCAGACACACUGACUCCCAAGCAGCUUCUGGAAGUUCAGUGCGACAAUAAGAAGAUAGAAUUUGACAUAAUAAGUAAUUUCUCGUUGCUUGGACCCUCAGAUGAUGAUGACGAUGACGAUGAUGAUGAUGAUGAGUCGUUCUUUUCUGAUGGGAGCUUUGAAGACUUUUGGCUGUAUGGAUAUGGCAGUGAUAAUAGUUUGCCAGAUGCAAUGGAGUUUGACUUCUUAUAACUUGUUCCUCACGGCCCACAUUAGGAGCAAAAUCCAGGCAAUAGGCUUAUUUGUGUGCUGAUUCUCCAGGAUGUGAGACUUUUAGGGCCUGGCCUAGAGAAACACUCAUGUGCUGCAUCAAGAUUUCUCGACUCCUCUUUACAAUAUUAUUAUAUCAUUUUCAGUGUAAGCAUUUUUGCUGUUUUGCAAUUUUCCAAAUCGUAAAUUUGUCAUUUGUUAUGCAGUAUCAAGAUGGUAAUAGACUGUUUUUGUUGAGCAGAUUCCAUAUUUUCUCUGUUGUGGUGUACAUCUCUGUGCAGUAACAAUAGCAAUCAAUAUUUUUUUUUUCUUUCUUUUUUUUCCAAUUUUCCAAUUUUCUGUAAUGCACUCUGUGCCGCUGGUCACGGUGAGCAGGAAUAGAAUCCUGAGCAUGGAAGUAGUGCUCUCCCUGAGGCUGGCACUUGUUCAUCCAUGACUCAUGGAUGGUACAGUCCACACCGUUGACCACUGG